GUGUGCCUCUCCAUGGGGGCCCCCAGUUAACCCCACUCUCUCUCUCUCUCUCUCUCCCCCCACAGCGAGUUCUGGACUGCUGGGCCACGGCCCCCCCAUGAACGGGGGGUACCCCCCACCCAAGGGCGGCCCCCACUACCCCCCCCACGGCCACGGCCCCCCCGGCGGGCACUACCCGGGACCCCACGGGGGAGGGGGCGGGGGCCCCCGGAUGAUGGGGCCCCCCCCUCCGCACCCCCAGCCCCGCGGGGGGGAGGGCUACUGGGACCAGCAUGGGGAGCCCAUGCGGGGGGGCGGGGGACCCCACGGCAUGAGAGGAGGAGGAGGGGGCGGCGGCGGCGGAGGAGGAGGAGGAGGAGGAGGGGGGCACUUCCACAGGGGCCGCGGCGGCCGAGGGGGGGGUGACCCCAACUUCCGGGGCAGGCCCGGGCGCGGAGGCGGAGGGGGGCCCCCCCGCGGAGGAGGGGGGGGCCCCAACGGGCCCCACAUGGGAGACAUGUCCAGCCGGCCCGUGUGCAGACACUUCAUGAUGAAGGGCAGCUGUCGCUACGAGAACAACUGUGCUUUCUACCACCCUGGGGUCAACGGCCCCCCGCUGCCCUAGACACCCCGCGGAGCCCCGGAGGUGGGCUGGACUCACCAGCGGAGACAGCGCACACACACACACACUCACUCAAGCGAUUAAAACGAUGGACUCCCCCUGUCGUCUUCCCCCACCCUCCCUCGCCUGGUGCUGCUGGGGUGUGACUCCUCCCUCCCGGCCCCCUGGAGGAGGAGCAGGAGGAGGAGGAGGAGGGGUGGGGCUGGCCGGGCACAACACCAGGCACAACGCGGAGGAGGCCCUAACACAGCGGGGCUCGGCGCAGGCUGCCGGGACUGUACAGAGGCGGCCGGGGAGGGGGGUGGGGCAUCUGUGUGGAGGGGCUUCAUUCUGUACACGGCUCCGGUCCGCUACCACCCCCCGCCACCACCACCACCACCGCGGGCGAGCGUAUGUGUCAGGGCCCUGUAAGAGCGCGCCUCCUGUUGUGCAGCCAGCAGGGGGGCGCGCGCGCCGGGGUCCCCCGCGCCCAGCCGAAGAGCCCCCGUUGCACAGCUGCACAGUGACCACUACCGGGGGUGUCAUGGCCGGUGGGUGGGUGGGUGGGGUGGGGUACAGGACCACUCCCCCCCCAUUUCUUGCGAACCACUUUUUUCCCCCGGGAGUGGAAAGAUCGGAUUUCGGGGUCCCCCAUCGGUCGGUCGGUCGGUGGGGGGGGCCGGGGUGGGAAGGAGACGGUUUUACAAAGGGGCGCAGGUGACCAAUCGGUGUUGUUUGUGGGGGGGUGUCUCUGUUCAGGUUUAGGGGAUCAGGAGCCCCGUUUCUCUGUCAGCUGUGAGGGACCCCCCUCCAGCUCGGGGGGGGGCUGUGGUGUUUGAAGGGGAGCGACUCUCUCUUCUCUCCUCUCCCCCCCGUCCUUGUGGGGGGGGUGGUCUGGUUGGGGGGACCUGGAGGGGGUGGGAGGGUCCCGCCCAUGAGGGACAGCACCCCAACACCUGGGGCUGCUCAGAAGUGUGUGUGGGGGGGGUGUCCCCCACUUUCAGGAGCCGGGGGUUGUAUUACACACCCCCCUCUGAGCUCCCCCACGUGUGUGUGUGUUUUUCUGCCCCCCCCCAGUUGUGGGGUCCCCCAGCCUGCUGCUGAGGGGCCGCUGCUCGAGCGGAUUUGAAGUUCGCUUCCCCUCCUGCCUGGGGGGCGUCGUUCCAUGUAGGUCAGUAUUAGCCCAGCCCAGACACAACACCCGGCACAACCGGGAGGGGGCUCACACUCCCCACCACCACCCCCAGCCCACCCCGGCUCCCCGAAAUCCCCAAGAUUCGGGGGAUCGAUUCCUCACCCCCACACCCACCCACCCCCCUUGAAGCGCUACAGAAGCCACAUGACGGGGGCCCUCACGCUAAACAGCGCUGGGUCUUCGAACCCGGGUCCGGCGAGCCAGCUGAUUUUAUUUAUUGUGGGGUGGAGGAUUGGACAGGGGGGGGUCUUCGCUGCAGGCCGGUGGUGUGGAAAGGAAUCACGUUGCUGUCCCCUUCUCCCCAACCCCCCCAACCAAGACCUUCGUCCUGGGUCACAGCCCGGAUCCGAACCCGCAGCCCCCCAUCCCACGCCCUGCUGGGGGUUACUGGGACAGACUGUUUUAUAAAAACAGACUCCACGCCCUCCCUCCCUCCCUCCCUCCAGGUCUGUCUCCCUCUCGCC